CUGAAAAGUUGCAUUCCGAUGGAAGCUCUCGGCCACCUGAGAAUCGGCGUCUGUGUUCCGUUGUCCACCCCGUUUCCGCCUUCCAACACUAAGAAACACCUAAAACCGCACGCUAUCAGCGGUGGACCUAGUAGCAGUAAUACCGUUUCCAGUAGCUUCUCCGCUAGCAAAUGGGCCCACCGUCUCUUUUCCGACUUCCAAUUCCUGCCCACGACCAAUAAUGCCGACUCUAAUGACCUAACCGCCACUACCCUCACUCCACCCUACCCUCCCACGCUCACCACCGCCCCUGAACGCCACGUGUCUAUGCCCAUCGACUUCUACCGAGUGCUCGGCGCGGAGGCUCACUUCCUCGGAGACGGAAUUAGAAGAUGUUAUGAAGCUAGAGCUUUGAAACCACCUCAGUAUGGCUAUAGUGACGACGCAUUGAUUAGCCGGAGGCAGAUUCUUCAAGCAGCUUGUGAAACCCUAGCAAACCCUAGCUCAAAAAGAGAAUACAAUAAAGGGCUUGCAGAUGAAGAAUUCGAUACAAUCCUCACUGAUGUUCCAUGGGACAAUGUUCCUGGAGCCCUGUGUGUAUUGCAAGAAGCUGGAGAGGAUGAAUUAGUGCUUGAAAUUGGUGAAAGUUUACUGAAAGAGAGACUACCCAAAUCAUUCAAGCAAGAUGUUGUGUUGGCAAUGGCACUGUCCUAUGUUGAAAUUUCAAGGGACACAAUGGCCUUGUCUCCUCCAGAUUAUAUUAAGGGUUGUGAAUUGUUGGAGAGGGCACUGAAGUUAUUACAGGAAGAAGGUGCAAGCAGUCUUGCACCAGAUCUACAAGCACAAAUUGAUGAAACUUUGGAAGAGAUAAACCCACGUUAUGUUCUAGAGCUCCUGGCAUUACCUCUUGAUGAUGAAUACAGAACAAGAAGAAUGGAAGGUCUUCAAGGUGUCCGCAAUAUUUUAUGGGCGGUUGGAGGAGGUGGUGCCGCCGCUGUUGCUGGCGGUUUUACACGUGAAGAUUUCAUGAAUGAAGCCUAUUUGAGGAUGACAGCAGCGGAGCAGGUUGAACUCUUUGUAGCUACACCAGGUAACAUCCCAGCAGAAAGUUUUGAAGUUUAUGGAGUUGCUUUAGCACUUGUAGCACAAGCUUUUAUGGAUAAAAAGCCUCAUCUUAUUCAAGAUGCGGACAAUUUAUUUCAACAACUUCAACAAAUCAAAGUAACCCCAUUAGGCAAUUCAUCUCUUUACAACAUUAAAGAAAGUCGUGAGAUAGAUUUCGCAUUAGAAAGAGGUCUCUGUUCACUUCUAGUAGGUGAAGUAGACGAAUGUCGUUCAUGGUUAGGCUUAAAUAACGAAAACUCACAUUACCGGGACCCGUCUAUCACUACAUUUGUCAUGGAAAAUUCCCAAGAUGACCCUGAAAACGACCUCCUUCCAGGCCUUUGUAAGCUGUUAGAAACAUGGUUAAUGGAGGUUGUGUUUCCAAGAUUUCGGGAGACAACAGAUGUGCAAUUUAGGCUUGUGGAUUACUAUGAUGAUCCGGUUGUACUAAGAUAUUUGGAACGGCUGGCGGGAGUUGGUGGUUCGCCGCUGGCGGCUGCCGCCGCCAUUGCGAGGAUUGGUGCCGGAGCUACUGCGGUUCUUGAUAGCGUAAAGAUAGGGGCAAUUAAGGCGUUACAGAAGGUUUUCCCUGUUGGUGAAACAGAGAGUGUUAGGCGUGAGUUUGAUGAUUCUUUUGUGGUGGAGAGUGAGUUGGACAGGCGGCAGGAUGGUGGUUUUCCGGCGGAUGUGAUUACUGUUGAUGAGAUUAAGGAACAAGAAAUGAUUACUUAUAGGAUAAAAGAUGCUGCGGUGAAGAUUAUGUGUGGUGGGGUGGUGGUGGGGCUGUUGACUUUGGCUGGAUUGAAACUUAUGCCAUCCAAGAGAGGCUCUUCUUCUACUACUAACAAAGAAGUUGGUUCAGCUAUGGCUUCUGAAGUCAUCAAUGUGGCAGGGGAUUCUGUAAGUGAAGAUGCUGUAGAAAUUCCUAGAAUGGAUGCAAGACUUGCAGAAAGUCUAGUUCGCAAGUGGCAGACCAUUAAAUCCCAGGCCCUUGGACCUGAUCAUUGCCAUGAAAAAUUGUCAGAGAUAUUGGAUGGUCAGAUGCUGAAGAUCUGGCAAGAAAGAGCAAUUGAAAUUGGUGAACAUGGUUGGUUUUGGGACUACAGUCUCUUAAAUAUUACAAUUGACAGUGUGACCAUCUCCCUUGAUGGAGGCCUAGCUGUUGUUGAAGCAACCCUGGAAGAGUCUGCUCAGUUGACAGAUUUGACCAACCCUGAAAACAAUGACUCGUAUAAUUCAACCUACACAACCAGGUACGAGAUGUCACAUGAUGCUAAAGCAGGAUGGAAGAUCACAAAAGGAGCCGUCCUCAAAUCAUAAUCUGUAUAUAUAUAUCAUAUCUAUAUCAUAUGUAGCUUUCAGCUUUCUCCUCUUUUUUACUGUUUUCAUUGUUAGUUCAGUUUGCAAUUGUGAUGAAUGAAAGUAAAACAAAAUACAAGUUUGCAUGCA